GUUGAGGUAUUUUUGUUGUUUCUAACAUGGAUGGGAAACCACAGAAGUUGGAGUUACGCCGGGAAGUGGGACUGUUGGGAGGCAUGUCCCUUAUUGCUGGUACCAUGAUUGGCUCUGGAAUAUUUAUGUCUCCCCAGUCCGUGAUUCAAAACAUCGGGAGUCCUGGUGCCAGCCUUGUCAUCUGGGCAAGUUGUGGAGUACUUGCUAUGCUAGCCUCGCUAAGCUAUGCAGAACUGGGCACUGUAAUAAGGGAGUCCGGAGGGGAAUAUAUCUACAUACUGCGUACAGCAGGCCGACCCGCUGCUUUUCUUUUCAUCUUCACCUCGGUAGUGGUGGUGCGUCCUACCAGCAUGGCCGGCGUAGCGCUGAGUUUUGCCGUGAAUGCGGUGGCACCUUUUUAUCAGGACUGUCCUCCACCGGACAGUGUGGUCAAGUGUGUGGCCGCAGUAGGCAUCCUGCUGUUGGCCAUGGUGAAUUGUCUGAAUGUGCGCGCUGCGAUGAACCUCAUGGUUUUCUUCAUGGCAGCGAAAUUGCUAAGCCUGGCCAUUAUUGUGAUUGGGGGUGCCGUACUACUAGUACAAGGGAAUACAGUCAACUUUGAGAACUCAUUCGAAGGUACCAAGUUUGAUGUGAGCUCCAUCGGUGUGGCCUUUUUCCAGUGCCUUUGGUCCUAUGAUGGCUGGAACAAUUUGAAUUCAGUGACAGAAGAACUCAAAAACCCAAAGGUGAAUCUACCCAGGUCUUUGAUAAUUGCCAUUCCCAUGGUAACAGUGCUGUAUUUGCUGGUCAAUGUGAGUUACUUGGCGGCCCUGACACCACGGGACAUGAUAUCAUCAAGUGCAGUUGCCGUGACGUGGGGGAAUAAAGUGCUGGGAGGUUUGGGAUGGGUCAUGUCUAUCGCAGCAGCAUUAUCCGCCUUCGGAUCACUGAAUGGAACGUUCUUCAGUGGUGGACGGGUGUGCUUUGUGGCUGCCAGAGAAGGUCAUAUGCCAGACAUCUUGGCCAUGGCACAUGUGAAACGCCUCACCCCUUCUCCAGCUCUCAUCUUCACAACGUCCAUCUCUCUCCUCGUGCUGAUUCCUGGGGACUUCCAGAGCAUUGUCAACUUCUUCAGUUUUACAGCUUGGUUCUUUUAUGGGAUCACAAUAUGUGGUCUUCUUUAUCUAAAGAUCAGAAGACCUGACCUCCCACGGGCUUUCAAAGUUCCCAUCGUGAUCCCCAUCCUAGUGCUUUUGGCUGCAAUCUUCCUAGUCGUUGCACCAAUCAUUGAUGAUCCCAAGAUUGAGUAUCUGUACGUCACACUUUUCAUCUUCAGUGGUACCAUUAUCUAUGUGCCCUUCAUCCACUUCAAGCUCUUCCCUGGAUUACUGGACAGGGUGACUGUUUUCCUUCAGCUCUUCCUCGAGGUCGCCCCAGCUGACAAAAACUUGUAAUGAAAAAAUGCCCGAGGCUUGUUAACAAUGCCACCCCUGUCAAAGUAUUGAGAAAAGAACGUCUACCACGACACAGUCUAAUUGUGAU